AUGGACGCCCGGCGCGCCGACAUGCUCCUUCUCGGCUGUUCCGACGCCCGUCACGCGCUCUUCACCCUCUGGACCUACGGGUCCGAGUGCAGCCGGGAGCGGGGGCGCUGGGACGGGCUCACCUCCGAGGAGCGGCGCCAGCAGAACCAGCAGGACCCCGACGGCCUGCGAACGCUGCGCUUCACCAUGAACGACCGGGAGCCGGCCUGCCUGGCCCGCGUGCUGCUGCUGCUCCAGCUCUUUUGCAACAGCCACGAUGACUUGGUGAGAGGCUGGGGGAGCGAGCGGGCCGUGAUGGUCGGGAGGGGGGGGCUGAGGGCGUGCUCGCCGAACGCUUCGCCCGAGCAACUACACGCUUACUCGGCGAAAAUCGCGCUGUGCUUCAACGCCUACUACAACAUCUACGUCGACAACGCCACGCUUCAGGCCACCCAGGCCGCAGCCAACCAGCUCCUGGAAGCGUCAGCGUCGCCCGCCUCUUGGAGCAUGUCUCCCGUCGGAUCUAUCGCCCACAUUGCAGGCCGGAGCACUCUAAAUGAUAGUGUCUGGAGCAUGCGUGCUGCGCUCGUUUCGGGUCCGUCGGACGUUGGUCCUAGAACACGGUCUCACCCCCCAUAUGCCCUUAUUGCGGUUCUGCGCCUCCCCCCUACUCUUUGGCUUCGUCCCUGCAGCCGCCUGCGCUGCAUGUGGUACGUGUAUGCCGAUACGAGCAUUGUCCAGAUCAAGCCGAAGAAGCAAUUGGACAAGGAACGCAAGACCUACCAUGAUCGAACGGUGUUCCCUUCGAAGAACGCCUCUCCCAUCCUCCUGACCGGCGAGGGCCCCGGCAUCGCCGCCCCUAAGGCGAUGGAGUGGGGCACGGAGAUGACGGGCAUCCACCGCCAGUACCAGUCAUGGGGAUACCUCGACCCCUUCCCGGUGCUCCGCGGCGGCGCUAGAAGGUACGAGGGGGGUGUGCACCACAAGUGCAACCCGUUGAGCGCGUUCCACCACGACGAUGUUUGGCUCCCCUUCAAGCCGCGGGAGCACGAGAGUACGCACGACGGCGGCCGAUUCAACAUGACUGGCUCUAGCGGGUGCAUGCCCCUGUACGCGGGCCCCCCGAGAGUCACGGGGGUGGACCUUACCGUCACGGAGUCCCCCUUGGAAUUUGAAGACGAACCGGAAGAGGCCAAGCAGCAUAUAAUGUCGAAACUCGUGGCGACCAGCCUAGAGCAACUGUCGCGAAUGUGCUGGGCGGUCAACUGGGCUCGCCUCGAGAAGGAGCAGUCGUCCAGUGCUGCGCUCGCGAAGCAGGGGAGGCCCAGGCCCCCCGUGGACGUGCGGAUGAACUUUGUUUUGGGAGACGCCGUGGACACGUGCGACGCGAUGUGUUUGCUUUCCUCCGAGGGCCUGGCCGCGUGGGGCAAAGCGCGCGAUGGCCACGAGCCGGGCAGAGUGUGCAGCUUCAUGCCCAACAUGUCCCUCUCCCCAUGUCAACUGGAGCUUGCCGAUCUGGACGGCCCCGCCAGGUUUGACUUGAUCGACUCCUCCUACCUGGCCAACAACCUCGGCAUCCUCAACGUGGUGAUGGCGACAUCGCCCUUGCUCAAGCCGUCCCCGCACGCCGUGGUGCGCACCGACCUGAGGAGGAGCGGCCCCGCGAGGAAGCGGUUGACCCGCGCCAAGGACGUGGAGGCUGCCAUUGCUGCGCAGGCCGAGGCCGAGAAGUCCGUGGAGGGCUUGGACGCCAAGGGCAAAAAAAAGAAAAUGAAGAAGAAGGAGGCCAAGAUGGCCGCUGCCGCUUACGCCGCUCUAACGGACGAGGACUGGUGCACCACUAAGGUCCAGGAGUGCGCACUGCUUCUCGGUGUUGUUCCCGUGAGCGGCGUCGCGCCCGCCGUGGGCCACUUCCACACCAUGCUGGAGGCCGCCCGCGCUGCCAAGACGAACAAGAAGAACGCCGACAUCGGAGACCUCGGCCAGCGCCUCCGCCUCGCCUGGAAGCAGCUCUGCCUCAUGGACCAGCGCGCCGGUGCCUUCGUCGCGUCCAAGGACCGUGUCGCCACUACCCUCCACCCGCGAGUGGACCUAUCCCCGGCGGAAUUUGCGGACAUGAUGCUUCCGUUCUGGUUGUUUAUGACGCGUAGCCUUUAUGUUGAGGCUGCAAAUCUUGUGGAACACCUGCACAGGAAUUAUUCCACGGGGCUUUUCGACUCGAACGUUGUGGAUCAGCUGGAUGUCCACAUGCACCUGUUGUCCCUGUUCAGGACUGAGGCCAUGGGUGCCACAGACGUGGUGCGUUGGGCCCUCGACUGCCCGUGGUGGGACAAGAAGCCUUCGGCGGAAGGGGUCGUCCCCAAGGGGUCCCCGGGCAUGUGCCGCGUGGUCAUGCUGGCCCCGGAGGAGGCGGUGUCGAUUGUCCGACACCUGCGGAACCCCGCCCUAUGCAUCCUCAUGAACGAUGAAAGCCAGAAUGUCAAGACCCUGAUCAGCACCCUCCAUUGUUGCUUCGUGAGGGUGAAUCGUGGCUCCGGCCCCUUCCCCCUAGAAGACAAGGAGGGCGAGCCUUGGUACGUGCUGAGGGAACGCUUGCUGAGGGUCAAGGAAACAGUGCCCGACGAUCCCGAGGCAGAGCUGAUGGUUUCCUUCCUGCUAGGCUCCAAGACCCUCAUCCCGGCCAAUGCGAAUCAGAUCGAGCUAGAGCUGCGGCUGCAGGACUCGGCCGCGAGAGAUGCUGCUCCUGCUAGCGUGGCCAAGUCCCUGGAGACUGCAGAGGGGGUCAUCUUUCGCACCAACCUCGGAGAGCGGGGCGAGACCGCCGUGCUGUUCCCCAACAAGAGAACCACCGCCACCACCCUUGAGCGCUGGCUUCCCCAGAGCAGCGAACGGCACCUCCUUCUGCAGGACGAUAAAGGGGUGGAGCCCGGGCUGGGGCAGCGUCGCGUCGGCAAGAUGAACCGCUACAUGGUCGCUCCCGGCAGGCCGGAGUUGUACCUCCCUACCGGCCCCUUGCGCAAGAAGAGCGACUGGGCAUCGAAUACAAUCGAGGUCGACGUAGAGGGCGAAGGGAGGUACAUGGGGUAUACCCUGAACAUGGUCAACCCGGCGGCCCGCGCCCUGCUCGCCGACAAACAGACCGAAACUAAGAUCAACGUCCUCCCGCCCUGCGGGGUUGAGAUUAUCAUGCACGCUCCCGAGAAGAAGGAUGGCGGCAAGGGCAAGAAGAAGAGGAAGGGGACCAGCGAAGAUCUCAGCAGGGGGGGCGUGGACGGCGGCCUGCGCUUCCUGGCGAUAUUGCCCUUCCCCGUGGAGAGCGCCUACGACGGCGGGGGAGGCAGC